UAGAAGCAAUGGCCAAAGCGACGGCCAGCAAGCCGUUCUUGUGGCUUGUUGCUAUUGGCUUCGUAGGGACGAUUGUACUCAUGUCCACUGUAUUCAGUUCUAUUGACCACUCUGCCGCCGUAAGAUGCGACCUCUCCCUCUUCCUUUACCUCAAGGUGGACAAGGAUAAAGACCCCACUUAUCACAAACCGGGAGAGCUGUUUAGUAACUACCAUCCUGCUGACAAGGUGACGCCAAGUGUGAUGCUACCAACAGCUACACCUCUACAGCAACCAGUGGCAGAGCACAAAAGUUCCACUACACCUCUCAAUUCAACUAUAAACGCAACACUGUCGCAUCCAACCACGCCACGCAUGAGCAGAGACACUCAAUGGUCAAGUAGUAGGCCUCCUCCAGCAUUGUCUCCUAAACCAAGUCCAGAACUCAGCGCCAGGGAACGAAGCUAUGUUCUCUCGUUGGAUAUUGCGCAACAGAUUUCCGGAGCCCUGCAUGGAUACACUGACCUAGCCACACUUGGUGCCCUUCUCAACUUGUCCACAGUGGAGCCAUAUACCGUUAGUACAUCUCUGGUAGGGGUUCCAAAUGUUAAGCAACAACUAGGACAAACCGCAUUGGAGCUUAGUGAAAUUUACGACUUUGACAUGCUAAAAAGUGUACUAAAGACGUGCUCCGAGAGCAAUGACCACCAAAUGUCUAACUUUGAAACUUUUUUGAAGCGAGCCUCACGCGAAGUCAUAUUCGUGUACAUGUUAACAUCUCUCAACAUCGGGAAAAGAUUUAGUUUUACUAGUAACCGAACGAUCAUUGCGAUUGAUAAAAGAGGUAAUGUUACACAGAAGGCCUUGGAACGGCUAAACAGAUGGGCUGCCCAUGUCUCGCCCUCAAAUUCAUCUGGGUUCCAUGUCAGCCACGCAUUUGUGAUUGAUGCACAGCCAAAGAAAGCUCUCCAUCUCUCUGAGAUAUUGGAUGUAUUGGGUCCGGCCAUUCGCCGGAAUGUUGCCAGGCUUGGUUCUGCAACUGUGCUGCUUAACAAUUGGGAGGGUAUUCACAACAAACCAGACAGUGCAAAUUUCUACUAUAUUCCCGAAUUUGUUCAAAGGCAUUGCCGCUCCUCCAUCUAUAAGGUCAACCACAGUCAGAGUGUGGUAAACACUGCACAAUUUUUGCUCAAAGUUUGAGAGACAAUUAUACAAAGACUAGAAUUGGGGUUCAUAUUCGCGGAGAGAGACUUUUGAACCUACACCAGGAGAGUUUUGUGAUAUGUUUAAACAAACUGAAGGACCUUAUAAAUAGUUACAAUGAUUCGCAAGUCCGUUUGAUUCAUGACUUGAGCAAAUAUGGCACAAGGACGUGCUUUGGAUUUUGCGAAUCAUUGUAAGUACUAUUUAUAAGGUUCUUCAGUUUGUUUAAACAUAUCACAAAACUCUGCUGGUGUAGGUUCAAAAGUCUCUCUCCGCGAAUAUGAACCCCAAUUCUAGUCUUUGUGUGAUCGUCCUCCAUACUAAGAGCAAAUGUAUUUGCAGCAUCUAUUACACUCUGACUGUGGUUGACUUUGUAGAUUGAGCGGCAAGGUCUAUAAACGAACUCAGGAAUGUAGUAAAAUGUGGUACUGUCUGGUUCUCUGUGAACACCCACCCAACUGUGAAGGAGCACGGUUGCAGAACCAAGCCUGGCAACUUUCCAGCGAAUGGCCGAACCCAAUACAUCCAAAAUCUCAGAGAGAUGGAGAUUUCUUUGGCCGUGCGUCAAUCACAAAGCACGGCUGACAUG